GUGUGUGUGUGUGUCGAACAAAAUAAAGCUAUACGCGUGUGUGUGUGUGUUUGCAUGUGGCGUCGCUAUGCUCUGUGCAAGGGAGACACACACAGACAGAAGCGCACAACUGGGCAUUGCUACUGGUAUUUUAUACCACGGUAGGGAAAGCGUUGGAAUGGCGGCUGAUGUAUCAUCUACAUCAUUGGGAUAAAGUGUUGUAUACAUGACGGUCAUAAGCUGCUACUACAUUUGCAUUCUGCAAGGUCAUCCAGACGAGGCAGAGAAGGAAACAAUCAGUAAAAGAAAGUCUUGCUCCAUAAUUUCAUCUCCCACUCCUUUGCUGCAACAUGGUAUCUGGGGUCGUUGACACGUCCGCUUCGAGCAAUAACCCGGAAGCAGAUGAGAAACGGAAGAUCACAUGCCUUCGAUGCUGCUCGGUCACUGUACUUUUAGUCCUUCUUUCCGUCCCUCACAUGAUACUGGGCCUCCCCAGUGUUGUAGUGGGAGUGAUCCUCUACAGUGACGCGCACAUCUGGCUCGCGCACACGGUAUCACCGAUAUGGAGUGGUGUUUGUUUUUUCUUUUGCGGUGUCUUUGGAAUAGUGUCUGCUAAGAGAAGUACUCCAUAUACUAUAUUUUGUUUUUCAUCGUUCUGCAUAAUCAGUCUCAUGGUUGGUAUCAUCGAUAUGCAGCUCUUGAGACUUGGUCUAGUCAACCACACAACAGACGGACAGACAUUCCUCAAGGACAAUGUAGAUCCUGUCAUCAAUAUCGCAUUGGGUAUAGCAGGAGCGGAGAGUUUUAUCUGUGCCCUGAGCGCCCUGUUCAGCUGCCUGGUAGGUCAGCAUGUCCGCAAGGCACUUCGGGCCGGCGGGCAACGGGUGAUCACAAGAGAACAGAUUAUCGCACAGCGACAAGAACAAAUUAGACAGCAACGGGAGCACGAGAGGAAAGUGUUGGAGAAGAUGGAGAAAGAACGCGCCAAAUCAAUCCGCUAUCAUCGAGUUUGAAGAGCGCCGUCUCAGGCGAGGACUGUAUCAUGCAAGCACAACGCCAGUCAAAAUACCCUGUAACACAAAUUACACUUUUUACGAAAGUUUGUAUGUAAAGUGCAGAAAUGUAGAAUUUGUAUUCUAUUUAUAUUUAUAAGAUAAUAAGGCUGACCAAAUCUUUGCCAACUGCUAUUAAGAUAUUUGUAUAUAUGACUGGCUAUUUUGAAUAAAUCAAAUCUGUCAUGAAUAUUAAGGUGGUGCCAAAGUGAAAUAUUAAUUUUUAAUUAGUAUAAAAAGGUCAAGAAUUAGCUUUACCUGUUCGACUUUCAGUGCUAUUCAACAAAUUAACACACAUGAU